GCCGGCAGGACAGAGGGGAUGAGGCGCGAGGCGGACCGGCCAGAAGCGGCGGAGGAACCCGUUCACACGAGCAGCUGCGGUCCAGAUGCGCAAAGGGCGGCGCGUCAGCGGGUGAGCCUCGACUCUGAACCUCCAUGGCAGGAGAGCAGAAGCCACUGUUGGUAGCUGAAGGAUGAAGUCUCCUUCAUGUUGUCUGUCCCUGUCUUCUGGGGCAUCUGCAGAAGAGCUGGAGGAGAGCACGUCUUUGCCCUCUUUGGAGUCCAGUGUCUUCCUCAGUGAGGAGGAGUCCGGGUCCUUGCUGCAGCGGGUGGCCCCAGCCUUGGACCGCAUCACCGUCAACGUGGGAGGUGCCCGCUUUGUGCUGUCCCAACGAAAGCUGUGCCGCUACCCAGACACUCGUCUUGGCAAGCUGGCAGUGGUGGUAUCGGCCACUCGGGAUGCCGCCUCCAGCCUUCUGGAUCUUUGCGACGAUGCCAACUUGGUGGAGAACGAAUAUUUCUUCGACCGAAGUUCGCAGGCAUUCCAUUACAUCCACAAUUAUUACCAGACCGGCCGACUGCAUGUCAUGGAUCAGCUGUGCGCGCUUUCCUUUCUGCAGGAGAUCCAGUACUGGGGGCUGGACGAGCUCAGCAUUGACUCUUGUUGCCGGGACAGGUACUUCAGGAGGAAGGAAUUGAGUGAAGUCUUAGAUAUCAAGAAAGAUACUGAAGCACUGGAUGGCCAAGAUGAGGAAGAAGACUUCUCUGGGAGCCUCUGUCCCAGUGUCAGGCAGAAGCUUUGGGAGGUGUUGGAGAAACCUGGUUCCUCAGUAGCUGCCCGAACUUUUGGCACCAUCUCCAUGGCCUUUGUGAUCAUUUCGAUUGCCAACAUGGCUCUGAUCUCAGUGGAACUAAGCUGGCUGCCACCAAAGCUCCUAGAUAUCCUGGAAUAUGUGUGCAUUACCUGGUUCACGGGGGAGUUUGCCUUGCGCAUCUUGUGUGCAAGGAACAGGUGCCACUUCAUGAGGAGCAUGGCAAACAUCAUAGACCUUCUGGCCAUUUUGCCCUUCUACAUAACACUGCUGGUGGAGAGCUUGCGUGGUGGAGGGAGCUCCCAGGAGCUGGAAAACAUGGGGCGCACCGUGCAAGUGCUGAGGCUGCUGAGGGCUCUUCGCAUGUUGAAGCUGGGCAGGCAUUCAACAGGUUUGCGGUCUCUAGGGAUGACCAUCACGCAGUGCUACGAAGAGGUUGGCAUGCUCCUGCUAUUCCUCUCAGUGGGGAUCUCCAUCUUUUCCACCAUGGAGUAUUUUGUUGAGCAUGGUGUCCAUGGCACAACGUUCACAAGUGUGCCCUGUGCUUGGUGGUGGGCAACAACCUCCAUGACGACUGUUGGCUAUGGAGACAUCAGACCAGACACAUUGAUUGGCAAGAUUGUGGCAUUUGUGUGUAUACUCUCAGGAAUACUGGUCUUGGCUUUGCCCAUUGCCAUCAUCAACGACCGCUUCUCUGCUUGCUACUUUACCCUGAAGAUCAAGGAAGCUGCUCUCCGCCAACGGGAAGCCUUGAAGAAGCUCACCAAGAAUAUGUCCAGCGACUCCAAUAUCAACAUUAAUUUACGAGACGUAUAUGCUCGGAGCAUCAUAGAUUUGUUGAGACUAAAAAGCCGAGAGAGAACAAGUACCAGGAGCAGUGGUGGAGAUGAAUUUUGGUUUUAAUUUUUUUAAAAAAAUUAAUUUCUCAACUGAUGUCUGAUGUUUGUUCUGAUAGGCGUGGUGACACAAUGUUAAGCAGAAAGCUAACAAUCAUAUCCGUCUGUUUCCUAACAACCUUUCUUUCUAGGUUGCUGAACAUCCAAAAAAACAUUACAAGCAAAAACUCUCAGGGUACACUGAUGCUAAUGCAUUGGACUUUUCUUUUGGAAGAAAAUGGUGGCUCUGUUCAUGUCGAACAGAAUUUUAAAUAUUUGACUAUAAUUCUUAUGCUUGUUCUAAUAUGCAGGAAUAAAAAUCUACUGAAAAUAAACAAA